UUGUUGUCAAUUUCUGUUAUCCUUGGAACACUCUGGCUCCGAGACUCUUUCAAUGCUUUCAAAAGCGAAAGAUAUUACGGGAUUCCCCCCCUACGUCAUCUUCAUUGGGCAGAGCUCUAAAUCAUUUCUGUCAUUAUUUCAAAACUUGAUUGACAGCCGGAGAAAGUCACGUGAGGCAAUAUCGCAGCAUCGUAACUUUCGUAUCCACGGCCAUGUGCUCUCGGUACGUUCAGUAAUAGACUGACAGCGGACAAAACAUGACCGAUGAAGAACUUUAUGUCGAUUUUCCCAAAAUGGACGACACUUUUGAUGCUGGGUUGGCUGAAGAUAAACCCAGUUCUUAUUGGGUCGGCUUUGAACCGCUCGUUGCCGAGGAAGAAAGCUCUCUAACGCAGACGCACCUAUAUUCUGUGCGCCCAGAUUGUAACACAACCAGCUCUACGCCUAGUGAGCAGAUCACCGACUUGGAAAUCGCAACACUCCCUAUACGCGAACUUAACAAACGCAUGAAGAACCUUCCCCAAGCAGAGGUAUUGCAAAUCAGAAAACGCAGGAGAAGCUUGAGAAACCGCGAUUACGCGACCAACUGCCGGCGAAGGCGUACAGCGGUUAAAGAGAGCUUGCUGACAGAAAAUCAGCGAUUGCAAGAUCAGCUACGGGCGGCAAAUGAAGUCCUUUCCAGAGCAGUAAAAGAAAGAGACUCUUACAAAAGAAAAUUUUCAGAACUACAUAAGGCGUAUGUCACCUUUAAUAGACCUAAUGUUGCAAGAAAAUGGUAACUUUCAUGCAAUGGCAUUCAGUAUUGGACCGACAUAUUAAUUUGAGUAGAUUCGAUCACCGGUCUCACAGCCACAGAAACAAUAAUAAUACGUGUUACUGGAACUUUCCUUCAAAAUUUUAUCAUGUGAAGUCGAAUUAAGGUUAGUGUGCUCCAAAUGUAUACCAAUUACACGAGCUAUUUUGAGUAAUAUUCCGAAAGAAUUUCAUCAUCAGUCAU